AAAUGAAGAUGGGUGAACUUUAUCUUCUCUUAAUUAUCCCUAUUUAUCGCCCUUCGGCGAACUAGCGUCAUAGGGUUUAUAGAUGAAAAUGAUAAUCUUAUGGGUUUUGAUCACAAUAUGGUCUACUUUUCGAUUUGAUUGUGAAAUCGGAAAAAUCCAAACAAUAUCAAAUCUUAUAGCGAUUUGAAUUUCUUCAUCAAUCAGUCCCGUUUUAACCGAUAACGAGUGAAGAAACACAAAAUACACCAUUGAAGCUCAUGGAGUGCAAUAGAGAUGAAGCUACGAGGGCCAAAACAAUUGCAGAAAAGAAGUUUGCUGAUAAAGAUUACACAGGUGCCAAGAAAUUCACUUUAAAAGCUCAAACCCUAAAUCCAUUACUUGAUGGUAUAUCUCAUAUGCUAAUCACCCUUGAUGUCUACAUCUCCUCUGAGAACAAAAUAAACGGAGAGUCAGAUUGGUAUAAGGUUCUUGAUGUAAAGCCAUCUGAUGAUGAUGAAACAAUCAAGAAACAAUACAGGAAACUUGUCCUCAUACUCCAUCCUGAUAAAAACAAAUCAGUAGGUGCAGAUGGUGCAUUCAAGAUAGCUUCAGAAGCAUGGAGUUUGUUGUCCGAUAAGACUAAAAGAUUAGCAUAUAACCAAAGGAGGAAUUCAUCACAAUCUUCUGGUGUCAAUGGAGUUCAUAUUCAUGUAAACAGAACAACAACAAGAAGAACAACAAGACUGAAAAAUCAGAAUUAUAGGGGUUUUGUUUCUACUUCUAAAUUAGAUAGUUUUUGGACUAUUUGCCAUGGAUGCAAGAUGCAUUACGAGUAUCUAAAGGUGUUUGUGAAUCAUACACUUAUUUGUCCCAAUUGUCGCAAGCCUUUUCAUGCUGUGGAAAUGGCAACACCAAUGAAUAUUCCAAAACCAGGUUACCAGUAUGCUUAUCAAUGGAAUCAGAAUUCCGGUGAUCAUGGAAUGUGUAAUUCCGGGAGAAGAAUGGGGGCAUCAGGCAUCCACUGGGGCUCUUCAUCAGGAUUGAAGGUGCCUGAUGACAUGUUGAGAAGAGAAGGUGGAGUUUUUUAUGGUCAGCCACCUUUGAAAAGGAGAAAAGUGGAGGUGAGAUUUGGAGAAAAUUAGAGAAUGGAAUGCAGACAACAAAGAUUAGAACUACUUUUUCUGAUAAUGGUGUAAAUAGUAUUAAAAGAAAUUUUGCAUAAAGUAUAGUUUAUGGAGAACAAUUUCCUUUAUUAAUCCUUUUGAGAUUUGCCCCUUUAUAUAAUAAAUCAACUUAUUAAUUA